AUGUCUCAAAAUGGGUUUGAUCAGAAGAAGAAGUCCAUACUCUCGGGAAUCAACUCCGAGGGGCCUGAUCUAUCACCCAAGGGCGACAUUGACUCCCUAUGCAUACCGAUCAUUGAGCUAAUAAACUCUCAUAAGGACAUGGUGACGACUUCUUCGUGUUCCGGCAGAGUGAGCGUGUUCGUGGAAGGGCGCAAGGCCGGGUCAAAGCCAGGUGGGAAGGGGGAGGGCGGUCGGUGGCUGUUUGUCAGCCACGACAAGGAGCUGGUGCGGGGCUGGCGCGCAGCGCACGACUUGGACUGGGAUGCUGCCCGUGCUGGUGAUGGAGAUUCCAAUGGGCGCUUCAUGCUUUACAAAUUUGAGCCGUUCAUCCUGCAUGUCAAGUGCCGGGAUUUCGCGGCGGCUGCGCGUCUGCUGCGUGUGGCGAUGGCUUGUGGUUUCCGAGAAAGUGGCAUUGGUAGCAACAACUUGGUUGGGAUACGGAUCAGCAUCAAAUUGGAUGUGCCUAUCGGUCGCCUAGACGAAAGCACAGAUCGGCUUCGUAUGUUCGUUUCUCCAGAAUACGUAGAUCUGCUUGACGAGCUAGCAGUAGGGAAGUUUAUGGAGAAUGAACGCAAAAUGCAAGAGCUAUACGAGGCCAUCGAUGAAGAGAUCAUCCGCGGGCUACCAGUGCCAGUUACUUCGAAGGACGAUGACAAGGCACGGCGUAGGGAACGGAAGCGACGCGAGGGUCUGGAGCGUCAACGACAGCUGCAGGAGGCUGCUAGGGAGGAUAUCUUAUAA